AUGAGCUAUUUUGGCCAGGUUCGUUCCGCCUCUCUAGAUUUCUUGUCGCGUUCUGCCGCCUACACCCGAUCUCCCGAGCGUGGUUCUCUACCUCCCACAUCACCUGCGAUAGACACGAAGCGAGAGUCGAUACCACGAGAAAGACACAGCGAUGAGCCUCCUGGUAUGAGUCAGGAGGAAGAGGCGCACGUAAAGCUCCCUCUUCUCCCGCACGAGACUCUGGAGCCGCUCGACGAUGCUGUCCCUCCACCAAUAACACUGUCCUCUCACGACCCCUAUCCCACCCCUCCGCGUUCGCAAUCAUCAUCAGAGAAGGGAAUUAGGCUUGAAAACGCCAGCGGCGGCCCUGGUUCAGACAACGCUCCUCGCAGAGCUGUUCGGCCGGUCUCUGCGCACGUCAAGCGUCUCUCGGACCUGUCUUUGAAGGUCCGAAGGGCCAGCCUUUCAGCUCCUCUGAGUAGUGUUGUCACACCUUCUACAGUGCUCGCAAGUCACCUGUCUAACCCCAGUUCUCGUACCACUCGCACAACUCCGAGCACUCCUUUGAGCAUGACUUCUUCCGGCGACGUUUGUGGCUAUUUUGCGCAGUCUGCUUCAAUUGACAAUUUGAGGAAGCUAACUGACGUUGCUGCGAAAAAGAGCGGCCAGUCGACCCCCACUCGAGCGAUGUCGGCGGCGCAGCCCUCCCAAGCAGAGAGUCGUUCAUCGUCCAAGACAAGCAAUGGAGACGGGAACGCCGCCAGUGGCAGAGCGACGCCCGUGUCUUCACAAACCGGCGGAGCAGCUGCACCCGUGCAGAAAGGGAAAAUGACAAUCAAGAUCCUCGAGGCCAGAGGCAUACGGAAAGCCCGAGACCCGUAUGUUGUUGCAGUGUUUCAGAGGAGCGAGCUCAUCUCAGCAGGCCCGCAGCCCCUUGAGGAGGAUGACGACUUGUCACCGUCCGCACCCACCAGUGCAGGGAUUCCGAUUCAACGGCAGGCCAGUGACUCAGGCCGGCCCAUGGCUAUCCCCAUGCGCAGCCGGCAGAGCAGUAACACGAGCGUAAAUGAUCACAACACAUUCCGCAACCGAAACGCCCAGCGAGCAUUCACGAGCCCUAAGUGGGAUGCCGAGGCCGUCUUUGAUGUUGUGGAUGCGGACAUGCUGGUCGAUAUCUCGGUCUACGAUCACGGAGUGACGGGCGAGGAGUUCCUCGGGCAUGCCGAUUUCCAAGCGCGAAACCCUAGUCGGGACGAGCCUGUACGGGGCUGGUUCCCUCUCAAGGGCAAGGCCAACACGACAGCUGAGGAUGCCCCGACUGGCGAGAUCUACGUUGAGUGCUACUACCAGCGGACCGAGAAGAAGCACUUUGGUCCCGACGAUUUCCAGAUCCUGAGACUCAUUGGCAAGGGGACAUUCGGGCAGGUUUACCAGGUGCGGAAGAAGGACACGGGUCGUAUCUACGCCAUGAAGGUGCUGUCCAAGAAGGUCAUUGUGCAGAAGAAGGAGGUUGCGCACACAGUCGGCGAGCGCAAUAUCCUUGUCCGCACGGCGAUGACCGAAUCCCCAUUCAUCGUGGGCUUGAAAUUCUCGUUCCAGACUUCCAACGAUCUGUUCCUUGUAACAGACUAUAUGUCCGGAGGCGAGCUUUUCUGGCACUUGCAGAAGGAAGGUCGUUUCGAUGAGAAGCGGGCAAAAUUCUACAUUGCUGAGCUCAUCCUCGCCAUUCAGCAUCUUCACAAGAACGAUAUUGUCUACCGCGAUCUCAAGCCUGAGAAUAUCCUCUUGGACGCUAAUGGUCACAUCGCACUAUGCGACUUCGGCCUUUCGAAAGCCAACCUGACCAAGAACGACACCACCAAUACGUUCUGCGGCACCACGGAGUAUCUGGCCCCAGAGGUCCUUCUCGACGAGGCCGGAUAUACGAAAAUGGUUGAUUUCUGGUCCUUGGGAGUUCUCGUGUUCGAGAUGUGCUGCGGCUGGAGCCCAUUCUACGCCGAGGACACGCAGCAGAUGUACAAGAACAUUGCCUUUGGCAAGGUCAGGUUUCCACGAGACACGCUCUCCCAGGAGGGGCGCAACUUCGUCAAGGGGCUGCUGAACCGCAACCCGAAGCAUCGGUUGGGAGCCAUUGACGAUGCGGAGGAGCUGAUGCGCCACCCAUUCUUCAAUGACAUUGAAUGGGAUGUCUUGGGUCGGAAGCUCAUUGCACCCCCAUUCAAGCCAAAGUUGAAGUCGGAGACCGAUGUUUCCUACUUUGAUCCGGAGUUCACGAAUGCUCUCAACCAGAACGGGUCUUUGAACGAGAGGGCACAGCAGCUCGCGACGGGGUUCGCUACAUCGACACCUCUGUCCCCGACCACUCAGGCCAACUUCCAAGGAUUUACGUUUGUGGACGAGAGCUCUCUUGACCACCACAUGGGCGGCCGCUACGAUGACGAGGACAUGAACGACUCAGGCCACCAUCACCAUCACCGCCGAGAUAACGACUGGGACGAUCUGGAUGAACUAGCUCAGCAGAGGGCCAACAACCGUAUGAGCGGAGUUGUAAAGACAGGGCACGGUGACGAGCCGUUUGGCAACUCGCACUUUGACAUGUAG